AUUGUCGGAUUACACAAACCUCCGAACUAUGGACAGGACCCACAAACAAACUUUCUCAUUUUAAAAUUUCCCGAGAAUAAGGUCACGGUUCCUUGGCUUUGCAAAUCAUGAUCUCAAUGGAAUUUUGUUUCUGCUUUGUAGUUUCAACAAUUAUAUGCCAAGCUCUGGCCUUGGAGACUCGUUCUGGAUCAGAACUUCAAUUGCUUAGUCAAGAGUUGUUGGAAUCUGCAAGACAGCCUGAGUUUUUUGAGUGGAUGAGAGGGCUUAGGAGGAGAAUUCACGAGCACCCAGAGCUAGGAUUUGAAGAGUACAAGACCAGUGAACUCAUCAGGAAUGAGUUAGACUCUCUUGGGAUCAGCUAUAAAUGGCCUGUUGCUAAGACUGGCGUGGUAGGUUAUAUUGGGACUGGUGCAAAACCAGUCUUCGGUCUCAGAGCAGACAUGGAUGCCCUUCCUUUGCAGGAAUUAGUGGAGUGGAAGCACAAGAGCAAAGUUGAUGGGAAGAUGCACGCUUGUGGUCAUGAUUCCCAUGUAGCAAUGCUACUUGGAGCAGCCAAGUUACUUCAGAGCAGAAGAGAUUUACUGAAGGGAACGGUGAAGCUAGUUUUUCAACCUGGUGAAGAGGGUUAUGCUGGUGCUUACUAUAUGCUACAAGAUGGCGUCCUAGAUGAUAUUAAUGCAAUCCUUAGUAUACAUGUUUUGCCGCAAGUACCUACGGGUGCUAUUGCUUCAAGGUCCGGUCCAAUGCUCGCCGGUGUUGGGCUGUUCUCUGCUAGGAUUCAGGGAAAAGGAGCACAUGCAUCAAGCCCUCAUCUGAGUAAGGACCCAAUUGUUGCAGCUUGCUCUGCUGUCCUUGCUCUCCAACAGAUUGUAUCUAGAGAGACAGAUCCGCUCGAGGCCAUGUUGGUAACAGUUGGUUCAAUAGAGGGAGGUCGAGCUGGCAAUAUAAUCCCUGAAUCUGUGACAUUUACUGGAACAUUUAGGAGCUUGUCUAGUGAAGGUCUUUCCUACCUCCAAAAAAGGAUUAAAGAGAUCAUAGAAAUGCAAGCAGCAGUACAUCAAUGCAGUGCAACGGUGGACUUUAUGGAAGACAAACAUUUGCCGCAUCCAGUAAUGGUCAAUGAUGUAGCAUUGUACGAACAUGCAAAGAAGGUGGGAAAAACUCUUGUUGGAGAAACCAACGUCCAUCUCCUCCCUAUAACUAUGGGAGCAGAAGACUUCAGUCUCUUUGCUCAGAAGACUGCAGCUGCAAUUUAUGUGAUUGGGAUAAAGAACGAGACAAUGAAAUCAGAUCAGCCAUUGCACUCACCUUACUUCUUUAUCGAUGAAGAGGCUCUUCCUAUUGGAGCGGCUCUCAAUGCUGCUGUUGCAAUUUCAUACUUGGAUACCCAUGUUGCAACUAAUUGAGAGCUUUGACAUCAAUGUAAACGUUGCUAGACAUAAUAAGCAUCAUCAUCAGCAGCAUUAUAAUCCAGAUUGAAGGAAAUUGGCAAGAUGUUUAUUUAUCUUUUUAACAGAUACAGUAUAUGUAAUAAACUUUUUUCCAAAGUCCUAACAAAUUAAGUAUUGGUUAACAAAACUUAGGAUAUACUUUUAAGGAUGUCAUACAUUUGCA